AUGAAUAACCCUUCAGAGCCCAACAGCUUUACAAUCCGCUGUCUUAUGCAGCUUCUCGCAAUGGGGCGAGAAGAGGACGCUCUACAGCUCUUAGAAGACCUGUUUGGUACAGUUCCUUCAGAUUCCUAUUCGAAAUCAGCACGUGAUUGCUUUGAAGCUGUUGGAUGGAGGGCACUCGAUGCGAUGAUCAUGGGUGUUGCCUUACGUGCUUUUGCUUCCGCCAAGCGAUACGACAUAGUAGCAUGGAUUUCAACGUUUGAAGGCAUGGAUGAGGUGGUAACUUUAAGAGCACAUGUGAGAGCAUUUCAUCAGAACUGGCGCGAAGCAGUCCAACUGCUGCUUGUGAGCUCUGACCCGAAAGAGGCAUUGGAUUUGGCUGCUCAUGCGGGAGUGUGGAAUAUAGCUGCUGAGCUAGCAAAGCGAUUCAGCACCAUGACCGUGCCACAGCUACUGCAGCGGCAUGCAAUGAAGUGCGAGAGGGACGGCCAGUACACUGCGGCCCUUGCCGCUUUCACGGCCGCAGUAGAUGGCAUCGCUCUCCAGAUAAAGGCCGAAGAGUCAAGGUGCCAGUGUAGCAUGGAACGUGAAGACACCAGUCCACGAGCCGUGAUGCAAGCCGAUUCCUCCAUGUUUGUAAAGGCUUCGCAGCAAGGUGGCUCGAGCGAGCCAUUAAAAUUGGCCGAGCAAAUACAUCAUCAAAUGUUUGAGUGUCUUUACGGCAAGGUGCGAUGUGCUUUAAAAGCCGGAGAGCUUCAAAAAGGCUUGCAGCUCGCCAAGGACCUCAACAAUCCGCUUGUUUAUCGAGAAUGUGCAGAAGUCCUCUUGAGCAUUCAGCAGCACCGACACGCAGCUGUUCUGUUCAGUAGAGCAGGUGACUUUGAACGGGCCGCUUUGAUAUACAUCGAGGUACAAACUUUGGCCCACACCAGAGAAGCGCCAAAGUUUCGUGGUUACCCAGUGCACAAUACAUCAGCACAGUCACUAAACCCUGACCCAGUAAAGCAUAAGAUGACCGAUAGCAAAAAUUUUUGCCGCUGUAGCAGUAGGCCUGAUAAUGAGAAGCACUACUUUGAUCUAACUCUAAUCUUGGAUGCCUUCGUUGGGGUGUCUCUGAAGCUGGGAGAGUUUGGCCAACUUAUUCCCCUAUUGCAAACGAUUGCCCCAUCCACGUAUCUCCUAGAGUCAUACGCACGUGCACGGGAGCAGCGGCAACCUCUUGAAGCACUACGUGCAUUUGGAAGGGCAGGAAACUUUCCAAGUGUGGUGCGGAUACUGGCCCUCCGUCUUGGCCGCUGGGAGGAAGCAAAAGCGCUUGUCCGACAAGUUCGUGAUGCCCAAGCAGCAGAGCUUCUCGCUGAUGCCUGCCGGGCAAACAGCGACUUUCAAGGAGCAGUGGAAAUGCUCUGUAUUGGCGAAAAGGCAGAAGCAGCCAUCACACUUGCCGUAGAAAGUCAGCAGCUUUCGGUGUUGGCAGACGCCUUACAGGACACUGGCUCCGCGGAACUGCACUCACGGGUUUCUUUUCUGCUGGAAAGUCAACUCAUGUUUGGCCUAGCGGCCCGGCACAAGGCAUUGGCAGGAUGUCCAACGGAAGCCCUUGAGCUAUACAUUCAGGCACGUAGCUUAGCGCAUGUGUUCAGUCACCCACCGGCAUACAUAUUUCAGUAA